CCAUUACCUUUACCUACCAGAGCCGGUAACCCCCCGGCCCACUUCCAAAUACGCCAAGCACUAUACUAAAACCGGUUAUUCCGGUUCCUUUUAACUCCUCGCCCAAAUAUCUCUGUAAAUCCCUUCCCCCUCCCGUUAGUCUCCUUUUUUAACAUUUCCCGAGAUACCUUCAGUUUUUUCUUAAUUUUCCGUCGGAGCUUUACUUUGGCUACAGUACUUAUCUCUAACUUGCUGAUGAUGUCACAAGAUUCCAUUUUCUUCCUGCUUCCGACUAUUCUGAUCUUACCUCUUUCCCUUCGUUCUCUCCCAUUUUUUCUCUGACAAAUAAAGCCUUGGUAAAACUUGUUAUUCUUAUAGAUGGCAGAUAAUGAGGAGAGAGAGGGAACUGCUCCUAAAGGAAAUGAAUGGGAAGUUGUAUCACUCACUGCAUCAGCAUAUGCUGCUGCUCCUGGUCCUCAACAGGUUGAUUCUAGUGAUGAUAACCAGGGCAAGUUAGGUGCAGAGAAUGAUGAUGAACCUUCUCGUGCAAUGAUUAUGUCUGGUCAUUUUGGUUUUCCUCCAACUCAGCAUGAGAAUUUGCUGUUGGAACCUAAAUACAAUAUGAUAUACAGUGAAAAGGGAGGUGAUGACGAUAAUCCUCAGCUGCUUGCAAGGGAAAUGGGUAAACUGAAAGCAAGUGAAGAAGAAAUUGUGAGUAUCAAAGGGAUGGUAUCUGAUGAAUUUCCCAGAAUUCAGAUUUUGGAUGAAAAGAGUAGUACGUUCUCAACCAGCGGUACAGACUUCGAGAAAGAUAUGGCCUUUGACAAAGAGCAGAGUAUGUACAGCACUGCUGAUUUUAGUUCGUUCCAUAGCGAAGCAACCAUGGGAAAUUCCGACACUGUUGAGGAAGAUCUAGAGACUAAAGACAUUCUUGAACCUUUUGACUAUGCCUCAGAUUCGGGCAUGUCAAAUUUCCAAAAGCCUGUUGAGGAAGAUAAGUAUGAUGGAGCUGACCUUCCUUGUGAAGCUUGGUGGAAAAGGCAUGCUGCGUCUUUAUAUGCCCAUGCUAAAGAAGCAAAUACAUUUUGGUCAAUUUUCGUUGCAGCAGCUGUUAUGGGGCUUGUAAUUCUUGGCCAGAAGUGGCAGCAAGAGAGGUGGCAAGUUUUGCACCUCAAGUGGCAAUUUGGCUUCAAUGAUGAGGUACUGAGGAUGGGCAGAAUGCUUAAUCCCAUAUCUCGACUGAAAGAAGUGCUUGUACCAGGCCACCGACGGGGUUCAUUUAUCCGUGGGAACACCCCAGGUGGACGUUAAGAUGAUGAUGAAAAAGUGAAAACGUGAUGUGCUAGUUUGAUCAUACUAUCAAUUUUUAUUUGCGCUAAGAUUGUUGAUAAUUGCUUAUUAUGUUGUGCUGGUAGAAUGGUGGGGGUUAUAUAUAUAUAUAUAUAAGCGGUUUGGGGGUUUAUUUGCACCAUGAAUCUUCCUCCUAUUUGGCAUCAGAUUGAAUCGAUCGACCAAAUCAUUAUUUUUUGAAUGGGUUUCUAUGUAGGGAGAUGCAAGGACAAAGUGGUUGCAUCUUUCUACAAUGCACAUUUUCUAACUUAUGGUCAAAGUGAUUGCAUCUCUGCAUUAUAGUUUCUAGAAAAAUUUGCAUUUUCCUACGGCAGUUGAUAUCAGAUUUGGAGGUUUUAGGUUUGAGUCAAUGUUGAAGCAUUUUUAUGGAGUGGAUGGGGUGGUCUGAUAUUGCUAUUUGGUAAAGCGCCUUAGUAAAAGGUAUGUCCUUCGAAGUGAUGCAGAUUGGAACUUGGGAGUCUGCUUCUGGAUGAUAUAUGGUGAAUCACAUCUCUUUAAUGAGAUUGUGAUUGUGGCAAACGAAUGUGUACUUCCAAAUUAUCUUCAGGGCAUCGUACGGUGACAGAUCAUUUUAAACGGUAGUGAUUACUGCUGAUCUGGAUGAUGGCCACUUAUCUACUGUCAACAUCGUUUUCCCUCGGUCCCGUAAAAGCUGACGGUUAUUUCGAAGAAAAUCAGAAUAUUCUAGGCAUCACGCCCUUGCCGUUAAUUUCUUAGCUGGAUGCCAUUGUAAUUACUUAUAAUUUCAUGAAUGAGCCAGCUGGCAAUCCACUCUCCAGCACAUGGCCAGCUGGUUAUGCCCAGACCGUAAUUUUGAAUUUCCAAGAUUAUCCCUACUUGGUGCCUAAAUUGAUUGAAACGACUCUUCAUUCCCUACGAGGUUAACCUAGUGUUAAAACCCGCUCCUCAGCAUUUCAAGAAUCAAGGGAAGGUAGGGAUAUCAAUGGAAGAAUAAGGUAUUUGGGCAGGCUUUUGAAAUUCUAGCUGGAUUUUUUAA